GACUCUGUUAACUAUUUGACAUCAUAAUUAACUUACUAACAGACUGAGUUUCAUCUGCCUGUCUGUCUGUCUAUCUAUCUAUUUUGUCUGUUUUGUAUCAAAACGUUGCAUCAAAAACACUUAAAAAGUGGAUUUCUUGCAUUGUCUGGUCAUCAUUAUAACCAGCAUGUCCAUUUAAAUGCAGUAAUUGUAAUAUUAACAUGUGUUUGUAUCGUGUUUUUUUUCCUGUAUCACAAAUUCUAUAAAAAGAGCAUGAUUUGUGUUCGAAUCUCAAGUAUGCCUUAUUGAAUUCCACUUUAUUAAUGCGGUAAAUCACUGAAUGCGUGCGAGGGGGAGAAUACAGAUGUUUUGACUCAUAUGCCAUCAUGAAAUAUCACCACCCCGUGCCAUCUUUCCAGGGCUUUAUUAGCAUAAUUGUGAACAGAUCUCCAUAGAUCUUUUGUGUCUGUGAAGGUCGAGCCUGUUGAACUCCACAGUGCCGUCGUUGUCCUGCAGCUGGGCUGUAAGAGAAAGACCGUCUUGGUUCCUCUGUGUCCGUGAAGCUGCCAAGCGGUUGCGUCACUGUGGGUGGAGCGGACCCAUGAGCCCCCAUCCCGCCGAGCUCCCUACUCGUUGUCGACGGCGCGCUGACAGAAAACACACUUUCGGGGGCCAGCUAUUGACUAGUGGUUCGUGAGAUCUGAAACGAGUAAUCAUACUACAUAUUCAGUCGCUUGUGCGACCAUCGAGAUGCGGAGUACAGUAGAUGUUUUCCAGUGCGGUCGUUGAGGUGUUCAGUGUAUUUUGGCCAAUCCGAAAAUACGAAUAUUACAUAUUUUGCUCUCGCUGAAUUUGCACCAUCAGCGGCCAGCUUGUUAAACCAUCCAGUUUUAUUUUCUGUGUCUUAAAUUACAGCCCUGCCUUCUGUGUUCAGUUUACAACCUCAAACGUUGGACGGACUGUUUGCUUUAGGUGGAGAGAGAACUCGACGUUUGGGAGUGGUAGCAAAAGAAACCACAUACAGAGUAUCUGACAGCGAGUUGUAUUUUUAUACUUUUUUUUUGGUGUGACUAUUUAGUUAGAGGUUUCGAAUAGUUUGCUAUCGGCAGCACUGGUGAAGGCACUCAGAGAAGGAAAUAAGCAGGCUCAGAUGGAAGAGGCUCCGCGUGUUCCUGGAGAAACCAUUAAAGCUAUUGUCAAAGAUGUCAUGUAUAUUUGUCCGUUCUCUGGGGUUGUGAGGGGGACUUUAACCAUCACUGACUACAAGCUCUUCUUUAAAAGCCUGAUGCGGGAUCCUCCGUUUGUGCUGGAUGUGAAUCUCGGAGCCAUUAGCAGACUGGAGUCUAUCGCCGUUCAGAGUCACGGAGACAACACUCAAGGACUUGAGAUAGUUUGCAAGGACUUGAGAAACCCCCGGUUUGCGUACAAGAAGGAGGGACAGAGCAAUUUGGAGGUGUUUGAAACCCUGUCAAAGUACACGUUCCCUCUCUCCCACAGCCUGCCUCUCUUUGCCUUUAAGUACCGGGAGACGUUUCCAGAAGAUGGCUGGAAGAUCUACGACCCGGUCUCUGAGUAUAAGAGGCAGGGUCUUCCAAACGAGAGCUGGAUCAUCAGUAAAGUCAACAGCAGUUAUGAGCUGUGCGAGACGUAUCCGGCUCUGCUGGUCCUGCCUUCGAAUGUCACCGAGGACGAAAUGAAGAGAGUGGCGGCCUUUAGGGCCAAACGCCGUUUCCCAGUGCUGUCCUGGAUUCACCCCGAGAGUCAGGCCGCUAUAGUGCGCUGCGGUCAGCCUCAGGUGGGUCCAUCAGACCGCCGCUGCAGGGAGGAUGAGCGAUACCUGCAGACCAUCCUCGACGCCAACGCCCAGUCUCACAAACUCUGCAUCUUUGAUGCUCGCCAAAGCACUGUAGCUGACACUAACAAAGCCAAAGACGGAGGAUAUGAGAACGAGAGUUUCUAUAUCAACGUGGAGCUGAACUUUCUGGAGAUCCCCAACAUACAUGUGAUGAGAGAAUCCCUGAGGAAGCUCAAGGAGGUGGUGUAUCCUGCCAUCGACCAACAGCGCUGGUUCUCCUCUGUGGACUCCACGCACUGGCUGGAAUACAUCAGGCUCUUGCUAGCCGGUGCGGUACGUAUCGCGGACCGGAUCGAGUCUGGAAAGACGUCAGUGGUGGUGCACUGCAGCGACGGCUGGGACCGCACUGCUCAGCUCACCUCUCUGGCCAUGCUCAUGCUGGACGCCCACUACCGCUCGCUCAGGGGCUUCCAGGUGCUUCUGGAGAAGGAGUGGCUGAGCUUCGGACACCGCUUCACCUCGCGAGUGGGACACGGAGAUGGGAAUCACGCCAACUCUGAGCGCUCCCCUCUCUUUGUGCAGUUCAUCGACUGCGUCUGGCAAAUGACCCGGCAGUUUCCCUCUGCAUUUGAAUUCAAUGAGCUGUUUCUCAUCACGGUGCUCGAUCACCUGUACAGCUGCCUGUUCGGGACGUUUCUUUACAACAGCGAGCAAGAACGAAUCUCGAAGGAGGUGUACAGCAAGACCGUGUCUCUGUGGUCAUACGUGAACAGCCAGCUUGAGGAGUUUACCAACCCUCUGUAUGUGAACUACGAGCACCAUGUAUUAUAUCCAGUAGCCAGUUUGAGACAUCUUGAGCUUUGGGUCAGUUAUUAUGUGCGCUGGAACCCUCGAAUGAGACCACAGGUUCCUGUUCAUCAGAGUCUGAAGGACUUGUUGGUUCUGAAGUCAGAGCUGCAGAAGAGAGUGGAUGAGCUAAAACGAGAUGCAGCUUCAUCACAUUCUGUCUCCUCUUCCUCAGAGCAUGAAGGCAUGCCCAUGCAGACAACUGUCUGAGCAUAUCUUAUUCAUCUGGUAAAUACUGGUGUCAAAAAACAUAUAUGUUCCGUCAUAAAAGCACUGGCCAAAUCACAAAGCACUGCAGCGGGGGUCACCAAGUUUGGUCCUGGAGAGUUUAGCUCCGGUCCUAAUCAAACACACCUGAAGCAGCUAAUCAAGUUCUUACUAGGUAUACUUUAAACUCCCAGGCACGGCAGAGUUUUCUGUGCAUAACUUUGUGAAAGCUAUAAUAUAUUAUUGGGAACGAUCUAUUAAGAACUGUUCUUUUGGAGGUUGAUUUUAACAACAGGGCUUUAUCGAGAGCUGAGAAUAAUGAAAAGCCUAUUCCAAGAAAUCGUGUUAACAACAGUAGAAUUCUCUCUACAGAAAAUGCCUGAAUAUUCCAGUGGCUUUGGCAAAAAUGUUCUUGCUCUUAUAUUGCAUACUAAUUACUCCUUAAGAAUAGGUGAAAUGUAACAAUUUAUAAUCGUUGCGAAAUGUAAAAUUUGUGCAUAGCUUAGCUCCGUGGUAGUGAGUGACGUACGUGUACAAAAACCGCCACCACCUUUUAUUAUUUUAAAAGCGUUUCAGUAUUACAGUGGCGGUUUACUAAAAUUUGUCUAAUGCGUGUAUAUGUUAUUUUCUGAAUGUGUUUGUAAUUCCUUUUUUAAAUGUGUUUUAUAGUAAUUUUGUAAUAAAUUUAAAAUUUCUCUUAAGCUUAAAUUUGUAAUAUUUAUGCAUCGUAAUAUGCUUAAAACUACAUUUUGUUUUGUAAGGAAUAAAACUAUAUAUCUUA